CUUGUGCAAAUCAUGAAUGAUGGUGUUCUUGUAACACUUGAAUAGGCGGAACAUGAGGGAACAACAGCAUUUCAACCUUAACAUCUGUCCGGUGGCCAAGCUGCAAUCCAUAAUUCAUGUUCGUGAACGUAAAGUUAUUUCUGAGUUGAACAUCGGAUUUCAACGUUGGGUAGCCUAGCACGUCUUCGGGUAGCCUACCAACCGUGCACAGCCUAGACUACCGCUCUUCAACCGUCCCUCUUCUCCAGCAUCGCGGCUCUGGUGGUGGACGGGUGUAGUCUGGUAUAUGGGUGUUGAACUGAUGUCUCCGCCUGUUAGGAAUCUAAAGUGCCCCUCGCCGGUGAUGUGUCAGUGUAAGGUCAUCUGCAGCAACCGGACUCUCUCCCUCAUGUUCGGUUGCAAGAAGUACCGGUACCAGGAUGAGGAGACGCCCCCCUUGGAGCACAGUCCAGCCCAUCUGGGUCAAGGGAAAAGUGCUGAAAUGCUUCACAUGAGUGACAAGAACCUCGCCGCCAUGGAGGCAAUGCAUGGCUACACGCCGCACACACACAUCUCCCCUAUCAAGCCGGUGUUGAUGUCGUCAGGCCACAAUCCUAUGUACACCUCUGCUGUUUCCACACUGGGGAAUUCCCCUCCAGUGGUGGUGAAUACCGACACGCUCGACGGCUCUCCCUACGUCAACGGGACAGAGGGGGAAAUUGAGUAUGAAGAGAUUACACUGGAACGAGGUAACUCAGGCCUGGGCUUCAGUAUAGCUGGGGGGACAGAUAACCCUCAUGUUGGUGAUGACCCCAGCAUCUUCAUCACCAAGAUCAUCCCUGGAGGAGCUGCGGCCCAGGACGGACGGCUGAGUGUGAAUGACAGUAUCCUGUUUGUGAAUGAUGUGGAUGUGAGGGAGGUGACCCACAGUCUGGCAGUGGAGGCUCUGAAGGAGGCGGGGGCCAUCGUCCGCCUCUACGUGCUCCGCAGGAAACCAGCCGCAGAGAAAGUCACCGAGAUCAAACUCAUCAAAGGGCCGAAAGGUCUAGGUUUCAGCAUCGCUGGAGGGGUGGGGAACCAGCACAUACCAGGAGACAACAGCAUCUAUGUCACUAAGAUCAUCGAGGGUGGGGCUGCUCACAAGGACCAGCGGCUGCAGAUAGGGGAUAAGAUACUGGCGGUGAACAGUGUGUGUCUGGAGGACGUGAUGCAUGAGGAUGCAGUGGGAGCCCUGAAGAACACAGCCGAGGUGGUUUACCUCAGGGUGGCCAAGCCUAACAACCUCUACCUGAACUCCUACAACCCGCCAGACCUUACCAGCACUUACUCCGCUCACAUGGACACAGAUCUUGGCCACCCCACCUACCUUGGAUCAGAUUACCCACAAGCCCUCACUCCCACCUCACCCAGUCGCUUCUCUCCAGUGUUGCACAGCAUGAUGGGGGAUGAAGACCUUCCCAGGGAGCCUAGGAGAGUGCUGAUCCACCGGGGUUCUACAGGCCUGGGUUUUAACAUCGUGGGAGGAGAGGAUGGCGAGGGGAUCUUUAUCUCCUUCAUCCUGGCAGGGGGGCCUGCCGACCUCAGCGGAGAGCUGCGCAAGGGCGACCAGAUCCUCAGCGUGAAUGGAGUGGACCUGCGUAUCGCCACCCAUGAGCAGGCUGCGGCAGCCCUGAAGAACGCUGGCCAGACUGUCACCAUCAUCGCCCAGUACAGACCAGAGGAGUACAGCCGUUUCGAAGCGAAGAUCCACGACCUGAGGGAACAGCUGAUGAACAGCAGCAUGGGUUCUGGUCAGACGACACUGAGGAGCAACCCCAAGAGAGGCUUCUAUAUCAGGGCCCUGUUUGACUAUGAUAAGACAGCAGACUGUGGUUUCCUGAGCCAGGCGGUGGGCUUCAGGUUUGGUGACGUGCUCCAUGUCCUGGACUGUGGUGAUGAGGAGUGGUGGCAGGCCAGACGGGUCAGUCCUCAGACAGACGUUGAGGAGGUCGGCUUUAUUCCCAGCAAACGCAGGGUAGAAAGGAAAGAGUGGUCUCGCAUGGGCACCAAAGAGAGGGAUCACAGUCGGGACAGCCUCGGAUCUCAAGGGAGGGACGAUUCUCAACACAGCUAUGAAGCAGUGACACAAGUGGAGGUGCAUUAUGCCAGGCCCAUCAUAAUAUUGGGUCCCAUAAAGGACAGGGUAAAUGAUGACCUGCUGUCAGAGUUCCCUGACAAGUUUGGAUCUUGUGUCCCUCACACCACGCGGCCCAAGCGGGAGUACGAGGUGGACGGGCGGGACUACCACUUUGUGUCGUCACGGGAACAGAUGGAGAAGGAUAUCCAGAGCCACCGGUUCAUCGAGGCGGGCCAGUACAACAGCCACCUAUACGGGACCAGCGUCCAGAGCGUGCGAGAGGUGGCGGAGCAGCAGGGGAAACACUGUAUACUGGACGUGUCGGCCAAUGCUGUCCGCAGACUACAGGCCGCUCAGCUACACCCCAUCGCCAUCUUUGUCCGGCCCAAGUCACUGGAGAAUGUCCUAGAGAUCAACACUCGUCUGACAGAAGAGCAGGCCAGAAAGGGCAUGGACCGUGCUCUCAAGCUGGAACAGGACUUCAUCGAGUGCUUCUCAGCUGUGGUGGAAGGUGACAGCUUCGAGGAGGUUUACCACAAGGUGAAGACGGUGAUCGAGGAGCAGUCGGGGCCUUACAUCUGGAUCCCCACCCGGGAGAGGCUGUGAAGCUGCCCCAUAACCCACCUCCACCCCCCAACCACCCUCAGCCAGUCUGCCCUCCAGCCCAACCAGCGCUCAGAGAGACAGAGAGAGACAUAGAGAGACACACAAACACACACAGGGGGACACGUGAAGAUAGAGACACAUAAUCACACGGAGAGAGAGACACAGAGUAAUACUAAAAGAGAGACACAGGUAUAGAAACCCAGAGAAACAGGUAAGGACAGUAUUUAAUCAGUAUUCAUAUAUAAUCCAUGUGUGGUGAGUACUGAGCGAGACUGGAGAGAGGUGACCAAGUUGGGCGUGGCAAGGCAGGGCGGUGGGCAUCCCCAGAAUAAGCACAGGGUAACGGAUCCGCCAUCUCCCCCUCUCCGUCUCCCUCAGUCUCAUUUGACAUCCUCACUGACAAACAGGCGGGCAAAACCAUCAGCAGCCCUUCCGAUCCCUCCUUUUUUAUAUCCCUGAGCCUCCUCUCCUCCUCCUGUCAACUCUCUCUCUCCAUUCAGGACAUGAAAUGGAGAGAGAGAGAGAGAGAGAGAGUGAGAAGGAGUGCAUAGACUGUGGAGGGACACACAGAUCAUAUUGAGUCCCUCUGACCCGGAGGAGGCUCUAUUCUAGUGAAAAGGCUUUGCUCCGUGUAUGAACAACUAGGAACAUCAUCUCACUAACCAAGACUGGCAUUCGCUCAAUCACCCAUGAAUAGCAUUUUGCGAGGGCAUUUUUCGAAAGCAGCUCAAAUAUAAACUCAAAUUCUGAAUUUGUGCAUGCGUCCUCAAAGGCAACAGAUAUGGGAGUUGAGGAAAAUGAUGGAAAAUAAGAAGAAAGGAAGAAGAAGAGGAGAAAUGACUGGGCGGUGCGCACCACCCGUUUCCCCCUCCAUUUUGAUGGGCGGGGAGUUUCUAGCAUGUCUCAACAGAGAGAGGAGCAGUACAGAUGGAGAAAGAGGAGGGGCUAACUCACUGUGUGCAUAGACAAUGGAAGACCUCGUGUAUAACCUCUGGGGUCUCUUCUGUACGGCACACACAGUCCGCCCGUACAGUAGGGCCAUUCUAAAUCCACCCGGCUCAUCUCCAAAAGCACUGGGCCGUCUGCCCUGUUUGUAACGGCCAGGCAGAUUCCAUGCUGAAUGUUCUCUUUAAGGCAUAACAGCAGAGUCCUUAGCUUCAGCGCAUUAGUGUUAAGAGCACCACAGCCAAUUCUCUGAUCACUCUUCCAAAUAGACCCUCAACGACCCACACACAGUGUUCUCACUGGCCUGUGUGUGUGUGUGUGUGUGUGUGAGAGAAUGUGUGUGUGUGAGAGAGAGUGUGUGUGUGUGUGUGUGGACUGUGUGAGGAUUAAAUCUCUCUUCCUCUCUACCACUCUUUCUCUCUCUCUUUCUUUCCUCACAAAUUAAGGCUUCGUGUAUAUAUAACACGGUGAACAGACAAAAUGGCCGAUACAAAUAUAUAUUUUUAAUGACGAUUUAUAACAGGAGUUAGAGCCUGUAAAAUGUAAUAUCUCUUCAACAAUAUUCCAUUGCUUUGUUUGGGUAAACUUUCUCUUGUGUUCUGGGAUUUGUUUUGGUCCUUGACCAUCGAUUUGCCCUUCCACAACACACAGUCCUGACACACAAACACACAAAGGAACACAUAAUAACUGAGGUAUAGCUGAGCUAUAACUGAGAAAUAUCUGAGAUAUAACUGAGAAAUAUCUGAGAUAUAACUGAGAUAUAACUGAGAUAUGACUGAGAUAUAAAUUAGCUAUAACUGAGAAAUAUCUGAGCUAUAACUGAAAUAUAUCUGAGCUAUAACUGAGAUAUACCAGAUAUGACUGAGCUAUAACUGAGCUAUAACUGAGGUGUAACUGAGAUAUAACUGAGGUGUAACUGAGAUAUAACUGAGCUAUAACUGAGGUGUAACUGAGAUAUAACUGAGAUAUAACUGAGGUGUA